GGCUGUGUUUACGGUUGCGUGACGACAUAGUUUGCGCCUUUGCUAUAUAGGCGUAGGCGCCGUCUAUCACCCGGGAUGGGCGGUCACUGCUUGGGACGCUUAUAAAGUGCAGUCCAGACCUGUUGCGCUGCAAGAGCCGAGCGUCCAGCAACCAUUUCAAUGUCAGUGAUGGAUUCCAGACAUUCUGCAGACGAGGGAGACGCGGGAAGUCUGGACAGCUUGAAGGCGCUCGCGGAGAAGCUGAAGUUGGAGACUCGCAGGCCGUCCUAUCUGGAGUGGCAGGAGACGCUGCAGAGCGGACUGUGGACGGACACGAAUCCUCCCACCGCUUCGCACAAACAAGACCCCGGCGGACCUGCAGCUUUCGCGCACAGCUGUCCGCACGUGGUCGCGCCAAACAUCUGUGGCUUUGACACUGUUGAUGACGCCUUGCGGUUUCUCAGGAAAGAGUUGAGGGAGAUGCAAGACCAGGACAACCAUCUGGCCCGUCAGCUGAUCCGCCUUCGUGGGGAGAUCAACAAGCUGAAAGUGGAGCAGGUGUGUGAGCGCCACAAGGAAAUGCUGGACAAUGCAACAUACGAGCUGGAGGAGUGCGGCGAGGAGUCCGAUCUGCUGUGUGACAUCCCCAUGAAGGCCACUUUCGCUCUGUCCACCCCACUGAAACACCUGGGCCUCACCAAGAUGAACAUCAACUCCAGACGUUUCUCACUGUGUUAAAGCCUAACCCCUUCCUCCCGAUGAUGAGUGUUAGUUCCACUUGACUUCCAUCAAAUGCUGAGUCCUAUUUACUCUUUGGGAGGUCCGCACUGUAAACAAAAGGAAACAUUGCUGUAAGCUAUUUGCUGUAUGCACAAUGGUGUGACAUACGUGGGGAGCGCGAACACAGAUGCGUCACAUUACACUGGAUCGAGCCGCUCUAUCGAACACUUACACUUACAACUGCACAAUCAAAUGAAAGUGAAUUCUGCCUUUUUAAAGAUGAUAAUAUUCAUUUUUUUAAUUUUUUACAUGUUUCAUUUGUGCUUGUUGCAGUGGUGUAGAAAUGCAUUGCAUCAUGCUUGCCAUACUUUGCCCUUAACCUGUAGCUACAUAAGGUAAUCAAAUAUUUAAAACACACCACUGUAAACUGCACCCACGAUAAGUAGCAGGCUAAAUAAACGCCUCUUGUGCAAACUGAAUCUCUGCUCAAAUUUUAGUGUGAAGUUUUUUUCCACUUGUUUACCUACCAAAUGUUGACGGGAGUGUCAGUCUAAAUUGUGCCCAAAGUCAGCUGCGAUAGGCUCCAGGUUCCCAUGACCCUGAACAAGAUAAGUGGCAUAGAAAAUGGAUGCAUAGUUAGUGCAGAUGUUCCCAACAUUAUGAUCAGUGAUUGCGUAUAAGUGAAUCCGAGAUGCAGUUUAUAAAUGGUUCUGUACAAUCAUUCUGAGUAGCAAAGGCUUCCUCAAACCUAUCGUAUUUCACAAAGAAAUGGGCCUGAUUCAACGAUGUUCCGUUUUUCUGCUUUCUUAAAUUGGAUCAUAGAAAGGUUCUGAGAGAGAGAGAAAAAGUUGGAUUCACAAAGAGUUAAUACUUCAAGAAGUAUUAUCCAAAUGUAGAAGUGAUGAAACAUCGGCAUUUUGCUCUGGCAUGACACACUUAAAUGUGUGUAAGUAUUAAUGUGGUGUGUUGUUAAGAAAACAUACAUUGGUGAAUGUCACUACAUUAUUUGAAAAGUGCAUAAGAAUGCAAAUUAUGAAUGACGGGCAAGGUUUUUAUGAGUUUUAUGGUCACGUACAGUGACAUCAUUACAUUCAUGCAGUUUUAGCCAUGUGAUCUGACACCAGCGUUUUGACAUUUCUUCUUCAGAAACCCUGGCCUUUCCAUUACAGGGUUGGGGUGUUUCCCAUUACAAUGUACACAAGGUAACAAGUGUGUUGGUUUGCUUCGGGACAUUUCCUGUUAACAAUAUCACUGGCUGCCAUGAGACGUUGCUGUUGAAGCUGUCGAAGGAUUUGUGCUUAAUAUAAAAACAUUAUGUGCAUGAAUGUUAAAACCUGCUACUGUAAGAUGUAUCCUCAAUGUGUAUAUAUAAUGUAACAGCAAAAUGCCUCAGAUGUAAAUUGUCAUUGCAACUCUAUUAAAAAUAAAAAA